CGAUCGCAGGCGCGCAAAAGCCGAGUGUCCAUUUAAUCAUGGCGUUUGCAAUUCAGUCUCCCGGCUUGAGACUGUUCGACACCUGAAAACCCGCCGCGCAAGGCUUCUGAAACCGGGGAACCGCGGGUGCACACGACACCGCGGCUAACAAGGGAAAGGGCAAGAGCAGAUGAAGCAAAGCCCGCACCCGCGGCAAAGAAGAGUCUGGGAGAGACGCCAGGCGCGCCCGGCACGCCGCGCCCGGGCGGCCCCUCCACCGCCGCCCCUCACCCCGGGGGCUGGGCCCCCCACGCCCCCGCACGGCUCCCCUCCCAGCCGCCCCACCUUCGCGGCUCGCGCGCCGGGUCCUGGAAGAUCACCCCGGCGCGAUUCCGCGCGCGCCGCCACCACUGCCGCGGAGCCCCCCGGUCGCGCCCGCCCCCUCCCCCACGCUGCAUUGUUCCCGGGUGGCCGCCGGCAGCGAGCGCCCCAGGGCUGGCCAGGCGAUGUGGACCCGAGGCACCGAACCGUCCGCCACUCACCCGCGACUCCACACAGGAGCACGAAGCGCAGCAGAAGCGCCAUGGGGGCGGCCCGGCCGUGGGCGACGACUGCAGGGAGUGUCAUAAUCCUGUGUUUUGGGAAGAGGCAGUACCGAGGAUGGAUCUGAAGAGAGUAGGAAGAAACAAAGGGCCAUUGGCUGGGAGCAGCUCGUGAGCAGCGUGACCUUGGAACCCACCCUGUGGUGGAUUCAGAGCACAGCACCGGGUGUCCCCCAGGUCCCAUGCAGACUUGAUUUUACAGGUUUGAAAAUAUCAGCGGUUAAGAAUUUGCCUGCCAAUGCAGGGGACACGGGUUCGAGCCCUGGUCCAGGAAGAUCCCACAUGCCGUGGGACAACAAACCCUGUGCACCACAACCACUGAGCCCACGUGCCACAGCUACUGAAGCCCACACGCCUAAAGCCCAUGCUCCACAAGAGAAGCCACUGUAAUGAGAGCCCACGCACUGCAAUGAAGAGUAACCCCUGCUCUCCACAGCUACAGGAAGACUGAGCACAGCAACGAAGACCCAACACAGCCAAUAAAUAAAAAAAUAAGUAAAUUAAAAAAAAAAAUCUCCCUGCCAAUGCAGAGACACAGGUUCAAGCCCUGGUCCGGGAAGAUCCCACAUGCCUCGUAGCAACUGAACCCAUAUGCCACAACUACUGAGCCCACCUGCCACAGCUAUUGAAGCCUGCGUGCUGUGCCUAGAGCCUGUGCUCUGCAACAAGAGAAGCCACCACAAUGAGAAGCCCGCACACCACAACAAAGAGUAGUCCCUGCUCGCCGCAGCUAGAGAAAGCCCGCUCACAGCAAUAAAGACCCAAUGCAGCCAAAAAUAUCCCCCAAGAAACAAAAAACCUUAAGAAAAACCUUAAAAAAAUAUCAAGAAUAUUUUAUUAAUUGAAGAAAGCAAGAUGCAAAACUGUCUAUCAUAUACCUCUAUUUGUGUGAAGUGUAUAUGUGUGUAUGCAUAUGAUUAUUAUUUCUGGAAAAAUAUAAAAAAACACUGAUAAUAGUUAUUACUUCAGAGGAGGGUAGUUGGGUGGCUGGGCGACCAUGGGAGAAAAACUAAGUUUUCACUGUAUAUCAUAUAGUAGUUCCUGAAUUUUGAACUAUGUGCAUACAUUCCCUAUUCAAAAAAUAGACAAAUACCCUUUUUUUUUUCCCUCAGUAAAUAUGUGAUGGAUACUAUUGUAUACAUUAGGGAUAAAUUAGGAAGCUGGACAGACAAGUUUUCUGUGCUCCUAGAGUAGAUUGCCAGGCCUUGAUUUGGUAGAAAAUGCAAUUCAUUAUAAGAUUCCUUGAGUGUAAUACAGUCAAAAUGGUGUGAUUAUGUCUGAAUGUUCAGCGUUGAUGUGGAAGGCAGUUUUCAUUUUUUCACUUCUGACUUCUCUUACUCAAAAUGAGACAUGUGUAGAGGUACAGACACAGGGAUGCUAGAGUUUGUAUAAAGGAUGCCUGAAAUUAAAAAACUAACAGAAAACCAGUAUUAGUUGAUAAUGGCAGUUUGUCCGGAAUAGUAAAUGCAAAGUGGAAUUCAUUACUGACCCCUACCCCAGCAAUAAAUAUGGAUUGUUUUGUCAAUAAUAUUAAGGGCUGCGUGAGCCUUUAAUAAACAUUGGUAUCUAGAAUCCCUGGAGCACCUGGGUAUUGGGUCAGAGAGCGAGUAUACUUGUUCUAGGGACCAAAGAGUUAAGAGUACCUCAGGUUACCAUGGUGGGAGGUGAUUCUCUAGUUAUAUGGGAGCAUAGGUGCCUUCGUGAAUUUGUAGGGUCCCUCCUUACUAUUCUAGGAAGCAGUAGGUGGUCAUGACAGUGAUCGUAGGAGCUAGGCUGGGGGACGGCAGUGUAUGCUCGCUCAACUAGGAGACCUUGAGAAGCUCUCGAAAAAACAGUGAUUCCGUGAUAAUGAGUAGAAUUACUACCUAUUUACUUCUAUACUAAACCCCAUCAGGUCCAGUUUCUGGGAUUUAACACUUCGAUUCCAGAAUGUACUCAAUGAAUGUGUCAAUUCCUAGAGGAGCUCGAGGGCAAAUGAUAAUUGAUUUCUAUGAACACGGUAAUGGUAAUACAAUUUCCAGAGUCUAUACCUAAUCAGGUCAAAAUCUGCAGUGCUUCCAAAAUCAACGUCGGGAGCUGACGGAGGGAUAUAUGGAUGUGCAGGAACCACAGGACCAAAUGAAAAUCCUGUUACUGAAGGUAGGAGAAGGUGCUGUCAUGCUGCCAGGUCAUCCACUAAAUAAAGAACUGCUCAGCUGCUCUGUGGCUCAGAUUGGCUUCUUCUGGUAAUUUCUUCCCUGGACCACUUCUGUUCUAGUCUGAAAGAAACAGUUUUUCUACCUUCAUCUUCAUCUUUUCUUUAGUAUCAUGGACCUUUGUCAACAUGAACACGAUUGCCAUUAGGUUGGUUAUUCAAGUCUGUCUGGACUUAACGUAUGUUUAGUUUCAGUGUUUCCUCCACUUACGGUUUUAAAUCACCAUAGAUUAUUCUCUAACAUCUAUGUUCCUGUAUCAGAGAACUUUAGACACAGAGAAAAGCCAGCAGAUCAAUCCAUCUUACACAUUUUGCAAAUAUGGGUGCUGAGGUUCAGGGGGAAAAGAGGUAUUAAUUCAUUCCUAUUCAAAGAAAAAUUAUUUUGCUAAAGUUAUUUGACAAUGUGGAAAAAUACAUUUAGUUAGUUCACUUUACAACAAUGUACCCAAAUGGAUUAAAGAAGUAAAAAAAAAGGAAUAAAAUAACCAGAAGAAUAUAUACAUAUAUAUGUAUUAGUGUGCGUGUGUGUGUGUGUGUGUAUGUGUGUACAAAUCCAUAUAGAGGCUAGAAAAGAUCUUUACUAUUUUGGGUAAAUUUUAUUGAAAUAUAACAUAAGUAUGGAAGAGUGCACAAAUCAUAAAUGUGCUGGAGUGCACACUUCAGUGUAAUUACAUAAAACCAAAGGAAGAAAACAUAAGGGAAAUGAUUGAUAAGGUUGACAACACAAAUAAUUUAAAACAUCUGUAUGUCAAAAAAAAAGUCAAACA